CCCUGAAACUCACAUUCUUGGAGUAUGGAUCUACUUGAACAAAGUGAGGACACGCUGUUUUACUCUCACCUUUGCACGAGAUAAUCAGCACGUACUGGGUGAACACCAAACGAGAAGCCUGGACGCUUUCUCUCGAGGCUUGUGAGACUCGGGGUCGGGAGUUAGGACCGCUAAACAUCUCAUUCCGAACGGGAAACGAGGAGAGGGAGACGCGGAGAGAGAGAGAGAGAGAGAGAGGACACGAGCGGAAGGGAGGCAGAAAUCACUGAAAAGCAGAGCUGUGUACACGCGUAAGGAUAUUUUGGGCGUGCGUAAAGGCGCCAAACAAAGUAACGUUAACCGGAUAACUGUAAACACUGUUUAUCUUUUUUCCUUGGACAUGUUUCCGCUGCCGGAGCGCGUUGUUUGGACUGUGUUAUUGUGAAACGAGGGUGAUCCUGUGCGUUUGGGAAAAGACUGCUCUGUGUUGUAUCUCUUUUCUCAUUUUAUUUUUUUGCCCUGGAAAAUACGGAAAGUUCUUGUUUUGGACGUUUAACUUCUGAAGAAACGUUAAAUGCAAAUGUGGAAGGGGUUUCUGGGCAGUGGUUCAUCAACUAAACUGAGUUGAAACGCUGUUUUUUCCACAUUGUGUAGUAGCCUGAAAUGUGAGACACUAGUGAAGUCGACACAUGACAAACCGCUGUAUACAGUCGUUACAUGAGCUAGUGUUGGAAUCUUUCAUUUACGCGCUUUGCUCUGGAUAUGCAAAGAAAAGUUUUUGAGAAUGAAGAGGAGAAAAUUACCGUAGCACGUCUCUGUUUUCUGGUUACAUCGCCGCCGUCUGCUGAGCUGGAUUUAUUGAAACCGUGUUGUUAUUUUAGUCUGUUUCAAAGCUUUCAUCAUUUCCAUGCUGUGGAGACAGCAGAGCUGACAUGCGCCCGGAAUGGGGAUAUAGCACGGUGACCUAUUAUCACUAAAAUACAGAAGGGGAAUUAACUAAUUAUUGCGCUGAUAGUGAAUGAUUAAGCCAUCAGGUGGGGAAGCGUGCGUAUUGUCUGCGUGUGCGCCGUCAACCUCCGGUCUAAACCUGGUGUGAUCCACAUCGAGGACUGUGUUACUUUGUGAGGACAGUCUCCGGAGCAGACAUGGAGGAGUGGAGACAAUGCGGGCGGUGGUUGAUAGACUGUAAGGUCUUGCCCCCGAACCACCGGGUCGUGUGGCCCUCAGCGGCCGUCUUCGACUUGGCACAGGCCCUCAGAGACGGUGUGCUCCUGUGCCAGAUGUUGCACAACCUCUCGCCAGGAUCAGUGGACCUGAAGGAGAUCAACUUCAGACCCCAGAUGUCACAGUUCUUGUGUUUGAAGAACAUCCGGACAUUUCUCAAGGUGUGCCACGACAAGUUCGGCCUGCGUAACAGCGAGCUGUUUGACCCCUACGACCUCUUUGAUGUCAGGGACUUUGGCAAAGUGAUCUCCGCUCUGUCGAGGAUCUCCCACCACAGCAUUGCACAAAUCAAAGGCAUCAGGCCCUUUCCAUCAGAGGACACAGCUCUGAAUGAGGAUGAUGUGUACAGGAGCCUUGAGGAGCUGGCAGAUGAGCAUGACGUGGGUGAGGAUGACAUCUACGACUGUGUGCCGUGUGAGGACGAUGGCGAUGACAUCUAUGAGGACAUCAUUAAGGUGGAAGUACGACAACCCAUGAAAAUGGGUAUGACUGAAGAUGAUAAGAGAAAUUGCUGCUUAGUGGAGAUCCAGGAGACUGAAGCAAAGUACUACAAGACAUUGGAGGACAUUGAGAAGAAUUACAUGAUCCCAUUGAAGCAAGUCUUGAGUCCACAGGACAUGGAGGCUAUCUUUGUCAAUCUGGAGGAGGUGAUCAAAGUCCACUUGGCUCUUCUGAAAGCCAUCGACGUGAACAUGGUCAGCGGAGGAAGCGGCUUGGGGAAGAUCUUCCUCGACUUCAAAGAAAGGUUGUUGAUCUACGGUCAGUACUGCAGCCACAUGGAGAACGCCCAGAAGACACUGGAUGAGCUAAUAGCAACACGAGAGGACGUCAAGAUUAAAGUAGAGGAAUGUACUAUGAAAGUGCAGGAAGGGAAGUUCAAGCUGCAGGAUCUGCUGGUGGUUCCCAUGCAGCGGGUGCUGAAGUAUCACCUACUACUGAAGGAACUUCUGAGUCACUCAACUGACCGACCAGAGAGGCAACAACUAAAGGAGUCUCUGGAGGCCAUGCAGGAUCUGGCCAUGUACAUCAACGAAGUCAAGAGGGACAACGAGACACUGAAGAAAAUCAGUGAAUUCCAAAGUUCAAUAGAGAAUCUUCAGCAGGUGAAACUGGAGGAGUACGGGAGGCCAAAGAUAGAUGGAGAACUGAAGGUGUGCUCCAUCGUCAACCGAACGAAACAGGAUCGGUAUAUAUUCCUGUUCGAUAAAGUGGUCAUAGUCUGCAAGAGGAAAGGCUACAGCUAUGAGCUCAAAGAGAUUAUUGAACUGCAGUCAUAUAAAAUGUCAGACGACCCAAUGAACAACAGAGACAUGAAAAAGUCAAGCGGAAAAAUGUGGUCAUAUGGUUUUUACCUGAUCCACCUGCAAGGGAAGCAGGGCUUCCAGUUCUUUUGUAAAACUGAGGAGACAAAGAGGAAGUGGAUGGAGCAGUUUGACAUGGCCAUGUCCAACAUCAAGCCAGAGAGAGCCACAGCCAAUCAGCAUAACUUCCAAAUGCACACAUUUGAUAAGAACACCAACUGUCGAGCCUGCAAGAUGCUCCUCAGGGGUAUCUUCUACCAGGGCUAUUACUGCUCUCGCUGUGGAACAGGAGCACACAAAGAGUGUCUGGAAGUCAUCACCAUCUGUAAAAUCAAUCCUCUGGACUUGGAACCCGGGCUAUCAUCAGGUCCCAAGAUGGUGGCAGUGAGGAACUACCACGGCACACCAGCAGCUACGGGGAAGACGCCGCUCUGUUUCCAAACAGGAGAUUUUAUUGAACUUCUGAAGGGAGAUCCUGACACGACGUGGUGGGAGGGGAAGCUGAUGCAAACACAGAAGAGCGGCUUCUUCCCCAGUUCGUGUGUCAAACCUUAUUUGGACCCAAAGCCUUUUCAGUCAUUAUCCAGCCGGCAGACCUCAAGGGAAGCGGACUACUAUGGAUAUCCUUGGUUUGCAGGGAACAUGGAGCGCCAGCAAGCAGACAACCUUUUAAAAUCCCACAGCAGCGGGACCUACCUUAUCAGAGAGAGGACAGCCGAGGCAGAGAGGUUCGCCAUCAGCAUCAAGUUUAAUGACGAGGUAAAACACAUCAAAGUCAUCGAAAAGGACAGCUGGAUUCACAUCACUGAGGCGAAGAAGUUUGAGAGUCUUUUGGAGCUGGUUGAGUACUAUCAGUUACAUUCACUGAAAGAAAGCUUCAAGUUGUUAGACACCACGUUGCGAUACCCCUACAAAUCGAGGGAACGUUCGCUCACACGGGCCAGUACACGCUCACCAGCAGCCACAUGCGCCUCCUACAACUUCUCCUUCCUCAGUCCGCAGGGCCUCAACUUCUCGUCCUCUCAGAGCUCAGCUCCCUUUUGGUCAGUGUUUACUCCACGUGUGGUCAGUACGGCAGUGGCCAGGUAUAACUUUGCAGCACGAGACAUGAGAGAGCUGUCACUCCGAGAAGGAGACGUCGUCAAAAUCUACAGCAAGAUCGGAGGAGACCAGGGCUGGUGGAAAGGAGAGGCUAAUGGACGAAUCGGAUGGUUUCCCUCUACCUAUGUGGAUGAAGAAGGAGUGCAGUAAAGCUCGGAUGUAUGCUGGCCUGGCUCCCUUUAAAUCAGGACCCAUCUUCUAUCUACUGUUCUCAGAGAAAAUUGCUCUCUCUCUCUCUCUCUCUCUCUGUCUCUCUCUCUCUCUCUCUCUCUCUCUCUGCAGGAAAAUGACACAAGGAAAAUACAACUUUUGGUUUUAUUUUUUUGCUACAAACCAUUUUUUCAGCAAGUGUUUCUACACCUUUUCUCUAUCUUCAAUUAUGCAUCAGCUUAGCUUUUUUGUUGCAGGAUUUCCUGUUUGAUUUCUAUACAGGAAAGAAGAAGAAAAAAAAAAGCUUUCUGUCUGCUGUAUUGAACUGAGCACACGGCAGAAACGGACUAUGGAAAGCUUUUCUUUUAAAAAAAAAGCUCCCCUUUGUUGCAGGUUUAUGCGAGUUGAAAUAAUUGUACAGUAUAGAUAAUUUAUUGAAUAGAGAUUAUUAUCAUUACUAAUGAUUACUGUCGGGGAAAUCGUUUUUUGAAACAGUGAGGAAUCCGAUGGGAGAAAACCUAAAAUGAGAACUAAAAAAGAGACAGAUGCUCUGUUUUCAUGUUGAGAGAUUUUUGCCUUAGUUGUCAUGGUGAUGCCUUGUGGGCUGACACCAGUGGAGGGAAUCGACUUAGUUUGACUGGUUUUACUUCUCCAUGUAUGCAUGUGCCCACGAGCGGCUCACACACACACACACACACACACACACACACACACACACACACACACACACACAGACCAAUGUACAGUCUGGUGCCUUUGAAGAAUGGUCACUUACUGAACCUCAACAUCAGCCAGUAAAAGAACAUUGCCAUCCCCUAAAAGACAGUCUGUCCAGGAGGGAAGAGGCACUUAUAGAACAUACUGGGGACAGCUUGCCUUCUGAGCCCUCAUAAAAACAAGAUGGUGAAGCAUUUAACGCAUCCAAACUGGAGACUGGAUGGACUCAGAGAGACAGAUGGACGUUUUUUUUUUAUAGACAACAACAAUGACAUAACACGGUCGGAUUUUGGCAUCACAAGUCUGUGGGCGUAAUCAGCUGGAUGCGAAAAAGGGAAACAUUAAGACAUUCCACUCGACUACCACUUCACACUUUGAAAUCUCGCUGUUCAUUGUUUCCUUCUUUGAUUUAUUUGCACAGAAUCAAGGUUAUUUUUUAAGUUUUGAGAACUGGACCAACAGGUUUUUAUUUUUUAUUAUUAUUAUUAUUUGAAGCCAAAUUCAGUCAUGUUUUAAUGUCUGCAUGGAGUUCUGAUCCAUUGUUAUGAUUUUUGUACCUUGCCUUAUUUUUACUGAUGAUCAGGUGAUGGGUUUUUCUCCCCCUUAAUGUUAAUGGUUUCUUUCUUUUUUUAUGUGUGAAAUCCAUUUUGGUGCUGUGCGGACUGGUGAAAAUUAAAGUGUCAGAAGACUGUCAAUCUGAAGGAAAA